UUAUACUUAUAUUGUUUUCGCUAGUUGUCAAAAUAUUAUUGAUCUUGAGAUGCUGAGUUCCUGAGCCCCUGAGUAUCCUCUGUGGUCCUGAGUCUUUCCGGCAGGAUUCGGGACACAGACUACUAAACACUUGAUUUGGGAGUUGUUUGCUGCUGAAUCCCCAGUGGAAACCACCCUGGUGCCAUGAAUUUUUACGACGAGCUUGAAAAUGUCCCGAUCAAAGAGCUGGCUCGGUUGCACAACGAACAUUUAAUAUCCGAUGAAAGUUCCGACGCGUGCAGUGAGCCAGAAAACCUUCCGGUGUUUUCCAUAGAGCAGAUCAACUCCCUUGUAGUCCAUCACCUGCCCACGAAAACGCAGCUUGUGUCUCCAGAGACAUGUCGACGCGUGGCCCAGAAGUUAUCAGAGCUACUACUAAUCAGCUACUGUAACGUUUGCGACAAAUUCUGUGGUACGCACUAUAAGACCGCAAAACAUCACAAAAAUAUUAGCCACUGGUUACGGGCUGAGCUGAUGACUAGUGAUCCAAAAGUGACUGCCAAAGUGUAUUGCGCCCCGUGCAACCUGGCCCUGAAUCUGGACACCCCCGAUGACCACUACAGCUCGGAAACCCAUAAAAGAUGUGUGGAGCUCUACUGUGGAUGCUGCCAAAUUAACGUGCCCACCCGCAAACUGAUGAGCAAACACAUUCAAUCAGACAUGCACGCUAAAAAGGAGCUGAUGAAUCCACAUUCUGAGUAUGUGCCAGUCCUUGAAGAGGCGAUCAACACGGCGGGUUUGAAUGCGGAACUGGUGCUGAGACUCAGCAAGCUGGUGGGCCCCAAUAUGUGUCUUAUCUGCCAAGACCGCAGCAAAAAACAUCGAUACUCUAGGCACCACGUUCCUAAUGUUCUGGCGUGGAUCCGGUCCAAUGACACCAAUCAUGAAUUUUAUCCCGACAAUGUUGCUCUGCUGUUCUGUGCGGCGUGUAAUGUGGUGCACUUGAAUAACGAGAUUGCAUUCGAGCACUCUAGAACUCGAGCGCAUGCACUAAACGCGAAAACAUACUGCGUUCCGUGCCAACGCUUCCUCAGAAAUGUGACGACACAUCAACAGUCCAAACAACAUCGUCAAAAUAUUAUUGAUCAAAGGCAAAGCGGUGCCGUUAAUGGUUCCCACGCCGAGUUGCCGGGGGAGAGCCAAAGUGAAAAAGACAAAUCUGCCGAAUGCAGCAAGAUAGAAACUGAGGAAGCAACCGCAAACAUUGAGCGCAUUUUGCAAAUGAAAGUCUUAGAGCAGCUUGAAGAAAUCGCGAACAAGUUUCUGGCUAACAAAACCGUUUCCAGCAGGAAUGCACUAGGAUUGUUGAAAAAAGUGAACGAGGAACUCGCCUCCAUUUCCAAAUUGAAAAAGCCCGACUGUCCUUCAAAGCAACGCGCCCAUCCAAAGGUCGCCCAAGUCCGCAUGGAACUGGGACGGUUGAGGGCGAUAAUGGCACCGCGCAACCGUCCUUGGCUGUCCAGGAACGCAGCCUUAAACUACAUGAGCAAUCUCAUGGCAGCGUUGGUGGCGAAAGUCACCACCUGCAAUCCGGACUACAUGUUCAACAUACAAAGCGAUUGGACACGCUGCUCUGAACAGUUGCUGGACGGUGUGGUGCUAACUACAGAGCAUACUGUCUGGUGCAACGUAUUGUGGGCCCUACCGCUAAUCGAGCAGUUCAAUGCCCAAUUGGAAAGCCUGAUCGAAAGCCAAAGAGACGCCAGCAUUUUGGAAAUGCUGUUGACUAGAUAGUGAGCGAUGUUUAAUAAUUAAAUAAACUGAAGUUACACAUAA